AUGGUCUUUGACGCCGCUUUUCCUGAGGACACAAUUCGCGUCAUUGUCCAGCGAUCUCCACCAGAUCCUCAUUAUUUACCUCAGAAGAAGAGGAUUCGUAUUGAGGAAGGUUGGAAACCAUUUACGGCAUCUGACGGAAUCCUAGUGGAUUUGCCUCCUUCUUGGAUCGACAUACUUGCGAGCACCGAAUUUGUACCCGAGCCGCGAGCACACCUCAAAGGUGACUGUCGAGUUGGAGAUUCAGUCGAUGUACCACAUAUGGGCCAAACCCCCAAGGAUUUCGGACGUCACGGUCAAGGCCGCAGGCUUUUCGUUACUGAGCAAAUGCUGAAACUUUGGGAGGACAUGCGUGGCGACCAAGAGUUUACGUACAGACGAGUCCUUUCCAGUCCGAUGGGUGUUGGCAAGUCGUACCUCUCCUAUUUCCUCACAGCAAGGGCAUAUGCCGAAGGAUGGCCUGUCCUCUACAUGUCAGAUGCCGGAGUGUUGGAUAAAGACGAUGAGAACGAGUCAGCACUGGAGGUGGUCAAGCGAUUCCUGGCACUCAACAAAGAUAUUUUGACCGGCGCCGAGUUGGCGAUGCUUUUAAACGACUACGACGGCACACGCAACAUAUCAAGGAGUGCUAUGUCAGUAAUCCUCGGGACGCUACUCAUGUCGCGGGAUCGGAAGACGCUGUUGCUGGUUGACGAGCAUAGAAAAUUGUUCGAAAAAGAGCCUUACGUGCCGGACAAGUUCAAGUCGCUGGUCCCUCUAAUGUCAUACCACAUGUUUUUGUCGGUGGUUUUUGUUGGCCCCCUAUCAAAGCAUGUAUUCUCCAAGUUGCUGGACACGCAUUGUCACCUGGCAGCACCAGCCAUCAGAGAUGAGGUCACAGCAAUCGCAAACUGUGUGCCGCGAGAGCUUGUGUAUCUGUCAGCUGCCGUCAAGGAUCUUCCGGGACCGAUCUCCCUAGACGACCUUCACGAAUGGAUGGAACGCCGAACCAAGGAUUUCCUAUUUACCGCAGAAACGUACAACAAAAGUCGCACUCCGUUUAGGAAGAACGAUUUCUACAAGGCCCUCCUGCAAAUGUUCCUCGACAGCACCGGCAUAGUCGGUUUCGAACGGGACUUCUUGGAUCUACGACUCAUUUAUCGGUGCAAGGAUGUCGGUCGGAUCGGAACACAAUACCGCAUUUUAUGCCGUCCCGCCCAGAGGGCACUUCUAGAGCUGUUCAUGACGCUUCCACUACCUGAGGAUACCAGACGACGAAUUUGUGACGGCGAGGACGACUUUGAGACGGCACUAUGUCAUCAGCUUAUAUGCGCCACCAAACCAAUCGCGCUCAAUGCAACAGAUCUCAACGGUAGCAACCCAACUACCAUUACACUGGACUUUUUCCAUUGUGACACCCUCAAAAUCGGCAAGACUUCUCUUGGGUCCGGCCACGGAAACGUUCUGACCCGCGCCUACGAAGGAUAUCCUCGGUUUGACAUCAUGCUUGGACCACUGUUCAUCUAG